GGGUUUUGGUUAAGCAAAAAUAUCUUAGAACGAGGAGCGUUUCUCAGAGUCGCCGUCUCUGCAUCCUCCAAGCUCUACUGCUCCGCCGCCAUGGCCGUCGGGAAGAACAAGAGAAUUUCCAAGGGGAAGAAGGGAGGAAAGAAGAAAGCGGUUGAUCCAUUUGCCAAGAAGGAUUGGUAUGAUGUAAAAGCUCCUUCGAUUUUCAACACUAGAAAUGUCGGCAAGACGCUUGUUACUCGUACACAGGGUACAAAGAUUGCUUCAGAAGGGCUCAAGCAUCGUGUGUUUGAGGUUUCCCUUGCUGAUCUUCAAGGUGAUGAGGAUCACGCCUUCAGAAAGAUUCGAUUGAGAGCCGAGGACAUCCAGGGAAAAAAUGUUCUGACAAACUUCUGGGGUAUGGAUUUCACUACUGAUAAAUUGAGAUCACUAGUAAAAAAAUGGCAAUCGUUGAUCGAAGCUCAUGUUGAUGUCAAGACAACCGAUGGCUAUACUUUAAGGAUGUUCUGUAUUGCCUUCACUAAGAAGCGCGUCAACCAGCAGAAGAGGACAUGUUAUGCUCAGUCGAGCCAGAUUCGUCAAAUCCGGAGGAAGAUGAGAGAGAUCAUGAUUAACCAAGCACAAUCUUGCGAUCUCAAGGAUUUGGUUCAGAAGUUUAUCCCCGAAUCAAUUGGAAAAGAUAUUGAGAAGGCUACUUCGAGCAUCUAUCCUUUGCAGAAUGUGUUUAUUAGGAAGGUCAAGAUCUUGAAAGCUCCGAAAUUUGACCUCGGAAGAUUGAUGGAGGUUCAUGGUGAUUACAGUGAAGAUGUCGGGGUGAAGUUGGACCGGCCGGUCGAAGAGCCCGUAGAGCCUACUGAAGUCAUCGGCGCCUAGUUCAAUUUCUCCAUAUGGUUCUUGACAUUUUUGGGAAAAACUCAGCUGCAGGUAUUUUUGUUGGAGUGUUUUAGCAUUGAGAUUUUGAUAUAAUCAAUGAAUUUGUUACUGAGGCUACAUUUUGUUGCAAUCUGUGUUUCUUGGAUUUUAUUUUAAAUUCUAUGCUUGUUUCUAAAUUAUAAUAUUAAAUACAUUUCUAGUUAGAUAUGUAGGAA